UCUUGCUCUACGACCAUGGCCUCCUUCGAACUUCCUCCGAUAAACGACAAUCCCGACGGCGGAUGGGGACCGUCCUCGUCUAACUUUCCCGCCCAGUUCAAGUUCAAGGACAUACCAUAUGCUCCGUACUCCAAAUCCGAUAAGCUCGGUCGGUUUGCGGAUUGGAACGACACCUCGAGCGACAACCGUCAAGCGACCGGUGUAGCUUCUGGUCAGACUGGCCCACGCACCGGGCGCGGUGGCAGGCAGCAGCCUGCUGCAUUCGGCAGCGGCACCGCGAAUGCAUUCGCGUAUUUCCAUGUUGAAGAUGAAUCGAGCUUUUCUGUCGUAGCAAACACCGCUGGUACUGCUCGUCGUGGCGGAGCUAUGUCCAGGGGAAAGACGAACAUGCGUGGAGGGUUCAACAGGAAUAUGCAGAGAGGUGCUCGCACAGGAUUCAACGCUGGUCGAGGCGGUGGAGGUCAACGCGGUGGUCGUAGGGGAUGGAGAGACUGGGACAAAGGCCGCGCACGGGAGGGAUCCGUGAUAAUCUCCCCCGAAUGGGCGAUGCUGGAGGAGAUCGAGUUCAUCCGACUCUCCAAACUAAGACUGGACGUCGAUACUCCAGACGAUGUCGAGAACUGCGGACGCUUGUUUGCGUACGACAAGUCCUACGAUCGCAUCAACACCAAAAACGAAAAGCCCUUGCAGCUGGUGGACCGCAUCAAAUACAACACGACUACCUCCGACGAUCCGGUCAUUCAGCAGUUGGCGAGCCAAGAUGCUGCGGAGGUGUAUACAACCGAUGUCAUCCUCAGUGUCCUUAUGACUGCACCGCGGUCUGUAUACCCCUGGGACAUCGUCAUCGUCAGGGAAGGCAACAAGCUCUACUUCGACAAACGUGACGGCGGUCCCUUUGACACCGUGACCGUUAACGAAAAUGCAGCGGAUCCGCCGCAAGACCCUCAGCCUCCGAACCCAAACGACAAAAACGCGGUGCCAGAAGUGCCAUCUAUGAAUUCUGCAACAUCCCUGUCGCUGGAAGCAACCUACAUCAACCAAAACUUUGCCUUCCAAGCUGUUGCCGAGAACCAGGCCGUGGAACUUGACAAGCCCAAUCCUUUCUAUGGUCCAGAUGAAACAGAACCGUUGGCUUCGUGCGGCUACCGCUACCGCGUCUAUGAUAUGAGCGUCAAGGAAGACGAGGAUAUGCGCAUCUGCGUUCGCACAGAGGUGGACGCGUUUAUGCCUGGUACCGGGAACCCCAAGGAUGGGCAGGGCCUGGUGACCAUACGCGCCCUUAAUGAGUUCGAUCCUCGCGCGCAGGGCGCAGGAGGCGCUCCUGACUGGCGCUCCAAGCUCGAUUCCCAGCGCGGUGCCGUGGUCGCCACGGAGAUGAAGAACAACUCCUGCAAGCUCGCGAAGUGGACCGUGCAGAGCGUUCUCGCCGGUGCAGACACGAUGAAGAUAGGGUACAUCUCUCGCGCGAACCCGCGCGAUAACACGCGCCACGUCAUCCUCAGCACCGCCUCCAUGAGACCGGCGGAUUUUGCGGCGCAGCUGAACGUGUCUCUAGCCAAUGGAUGGGGCAUCGUACGCACGGUUACGGACUUGUGCAUGAAGCAGCCCGAGGGCAAAUACGUGCUAGUAAAGGAUCCGAACAAGCCUGUCAUCCGGCUCUACGCCGUGCCGAUGAACGCGUUCACCGUCGAAGAGGAGGACGAUGUUGAGGUGGGUCUGGAUGGGGAGGGCUCUGAGUAAUCGCAUGCGGGAGAAAUCUCGGGCCGUCAGGAAGAUUCCGCGGUAUUUUUGAGCAUUUUUACGUGUUGUAGGCUGUCUCAUCGCGUCCAUCACUCUGUAACACCGUGUAGCAGUACGCAACUGUCGCCACCGUCAUCUAUAGCAUGGGUUGAACUAUACUUGGUAUGCUUCAGAGUGCACGUCAAGGUGACGGGCAGCUCGUCCAAGGGAUCUUCGACCCGAUCUGUAAGAGCCUCGCUGAAAACGCCGAGGCCGAAUGCGCUUGUAUUUCAAACGAUGAAUAUGAUAUCCUGUCCAUCCCCUACACGGACUACGAAGUCUGCGUGGUCAACAGCAUCUCAACCGCGCGUUCCGCAUUCGCACUGCGCUGAAGUGCUGUAACGACCACUUGGCGGUCGAGGUCAGGAAACAUGCUGGCCACCUGCAUUAUUUCGGUGUCUGAGGGAACGCGAAGGCCCGUGACAGCACGCUGAGAGCGCCCGGUCAACUCGUCUACCCAUUCCCGCAUGAUCGAACUCCUAGAGGUGCCCGUAUCGGGUUCCGUUGUGGGUUCUGCUGCGCUGGGCGUAUUCUCUGGAGCUGGAGAAAUGGCAGUACGUCCAUUGGCGUUUUCGCGCGCCCCGGUGGUGGUUGUCACGGGCUCUGGUUCAGCGGUUGCGGGCGCGACGGGCCCGUCACUCCUCCUGGCCGUAUCAGGGAACGCUCGAUUUGUGCGCCUGCUCACAGGCGACGGGCCAAGUAGCGGUAGCAGGUACUUGGCGAAUCCGACGACGACCGAUGGCGGUAAGCGAUACGCCUUGAAGUUGGCUAUAUCGGAACGAUAUAUGGCACCCGUGAGGAUCCCAAGCGCUGCCACGGCCACAGACGAGGGUGGCUGUGUUAUUGCCAACUGGAGACCCAGUAUGUAAGCAUAGACUUUGUUCGUCAGCGGAAGACCGAAGAUCCGGAACUGGUACGUGGCAGGGACCAGACGAUAAUACUGGUAGAAAAUGGCGAAUACCAGCGUGGUGGGACCCGACGGAAUGUAGUUGAACCCGGCCCGGUAGAACAGCAGGAGGGCAAGAAACUCGAGGAUGGUGGAUAUGAGCACCGAGAUGAGCGCGAAGGAGGCAAACUUGACGCUGCCGAAUUGCCUUUCAAUCUGAACGCCAACAUUGUAAAACAGCAGUUCUGCGACGAGCAACUCGCUCGAGUUGGCAUACGCCAGGUGGUGCACGAACAGGCGCCAGUAUUGAUGGUGGCGAGAUAUGUGCGGUAUGAGCUGGAGGUGCAGAUAAUGUUUCUUGUCGACCACGCCGACGGCGAGGGACGCGGCGGCGCAGGCUAGGAUAAGCCCUUUCGAGACCGGAGCAUGCUCGAAGGACA